AUGAGGCUGAGUGCGUACAAUAAGGAGCUGGAGGCUGCAACGGCGUAUGCAGCAGCGGUGCACGUGGUCAAAGAUGGUAAGCGCGUGUUAGGCACAGUGGAGCUGACGGAUGAGGAGAAGGGUAUGCUGGAGGGGUGCACGCUGUCAGCUGUCAAGCGGCUGGUUAGAGGCCGUCAGUGGUUCCGAUGGACGGAGUGGGAGACGGCACUAGUGGAAUGCCCGGAGGAGGAGACAGCGGGGGACGGUGAGGAGCACUCCGACUCGCAAGAUGAUGACGCGGGGGAUGCAGCCGGAUGUGCCGUGGAGGAAGGGGAUGAGGAGAUUGAGUUGGAGGGGGAAGGGUUGGGCGACGCAGAGGGAACGGCCGGGCAGGGCACACCUCAUGAACUCAAUGAGGACGCUGCUGCAGCGAUGGGAGAAGUUGUUGCGUGCGAUGAGGAGGUGGGUAGCGAUGGCGAAGGGGAGGCUGCGCCUGUCAUAUCCAAGGCUGUUGCUUCCGUUAUGGCCGAAGAGACUAGCGCGGCAAAAGGAAAGGCUGCGACGGCUCCGCCUAAACCGGUGCCUGACAACCCAUUUGCGGCGAUGCCGUGCGGAUCUGCGCAGCCGGCAAGUGGAUCUCGUCGGGAGGAGGCGGUUGCCGAUGACGUCUUCGUGAUUAGCCGUGCCGAGCUCGAGGCGCUGAAGACAGUGAGAGACGACGGUGAGCGUCGGAUUGCACGCCUGGAGGCGCUGCUGCUGGUCGCCAACGAUCCAAAAACGCAGAACAAAAGGCCGCGGGACCCGAGGGGGGAACGGGCGCACGGAGAUGCGCGGCCGAGCAAGCACAGGCGGCGCGAAUCGGGCUCGGAGGACGCGACAUCGGAGGAGGGCGAAAAAGAUGAUGCGGAAGUGGAGCCAGUGAGGGCACGCCGUGUGGUCCGGCGGCGCCACAUGACAGUGUCGAGCUCACCCAUACUGCAGGAGGCAUUUGAUUUCAUGCCGUCCGGAAAAGCGUGGAAGAAAACCUGCGACCAUGUGCGGGAGUACCUGUUCAUCGAGCGGGCCAAUGAUGUCAUGACCUUUUACCCAAGAAGCCACGACAAGACGCUCGGAUUAUGCUGGGUCACACCACGAUUGACGAUGAAUUAUGCGGGGCUCGCACUGGCGGCCGACAAGGCGCGAUACGCUGACCUGAACAAGGCACUGAGCCAGUGGAAGACAGAGGUGACGGGUCGCGUUCGAGACAUUGCGCUGCCGUGCAUUGGCCUAUGGCGCAACGAGCGAGACAGGAAAAGCCCUUGGGCACGCAAGAAGCUCAGAGAGGCGGCAGAUGUUCGGCUUCGGUAUCGCCUUCUCGAUGACGUGAAUGACAAGCGCAAGGCCCGCCUGUCAAACUCUGCUGGUGGCAACGCGGAGGUGGUGAACGGGCUCCACCAGGUUGCCGAGAGGGCAGUGGCGCAGGCGAUCCAAGACUUCAAGCCCAAGUACGAUGCUGAUGCCCAGGCGUGGGUCUGGGGGGAGCACGGGCUGAUGCUGUCCUCGUGUGGGCUAGAGCAAUUGAUUCCAGGCCGGUAUGCGCAGAGGGCGCCAGUUGUGGAGGAAGGUGGUUCGGUUUCUCGCGGAAGUGACUGA